AAAAAAAAAAGAAGAAAAUCACGAAGCGAACCGUAAUACGGCCCUGGCCGUCUCGCAUCGAUCGUCUUUCGUCAGGGUGAAGCUGCCAGGCCUAGGACGGAGUUCGGGGGUGCGUUAACGGCGCAGUGCUGUGUUCGAGUUUUGUAAUCUUUGCGACCUGCACAACAAGACCAGGCGUGCGAAUCGGUCCCGGCUUUCGGUAAGGCCCUGCCCUUUUCCAGGGGUCCUCAUGGUCUCGGGUUUGCGCCGGGGGCGUCGGAUCGCGGUUUUCGCUGCCGGUCUCGUCGCCGUUGUGACAUUCGCCCACCUCCUAGCCUCCCGCGGAAGCUCGGUCCUCGUUUGGUCGGAAAAAACGGCCCGGGCUAAACAGCCCGUCGCGAUAACCGAACAGAUACAAGAGUUGGGUCUAGUCUACGCGGCGGGUGUCUACAUGGCCGGAAGGAGGCCGCGGAACCAGAGUUUCUGCGAAUGGGCCCACGGCCUCCCGCACUCGUUGUCCUACACCUCGGCCGAUGUCGCCUGGUCCCCGGAGGCCGGAGAAAAGGGGCCUUACCGGGUCCUGUCGGGGGUCCUGAGGGGCCCCGCCGGCGCCGAGGCGCCCCCGGUCACUCUCUGCACCCAUGCUACCGCCGAGCAGGUCUACGCCGUGGUAGAGCUCGCGAGGAGGUGGGAGGGCCCCAUCAGCCUGGCCGUUUUCGCUCCUGGCCUAGACGCCGGGCUGGCCGUCGCCCUGCUCGAGAGGGCCUGCGGUUGCGAGCCGGGGAUGGCGAAGGUAACGGUGCAGCUGAUAUUUCCCGCGGGUAGACCGCCAGCUCUAAGGCCCAGGGUCCAGGCACCAGGCGACUGCGCGGCCUCGGACAUCCAGCUACGGGAGUCCGAGACCGAGCGAAAAUCCAGGAACAUGAUGUACCCCGUUAAUGUCGCCCGGAACGUCGCCAGGAGCAACGCCCGCACCCCCAGGGUCCUCGUCUCCGAUAUCGAGCUGCUUCCCAGCGAGAAUCUCGCCUCAGGCUUUGUCGAAAUGGUUCGCGGACGUCCGCCCAGGGUCGGCGUUGUGUUCGUCGUUCCUGCGUUCGAGGUCGAGGCCAACGAGAAACCACCCAACACCAAGCACGAACUACUCAUGGCAGCCAGAGCCGGUGUCGCUGGGUACUUUCACAGGUUCGUCUGCGCUCAUUGCCAGAAAUUUCCGGGCCUGACGAGGUGGAUGCUAAGGCCCGACCCCGGCAGGGUUAGACCCUCCGUCGUAACCAGAAGGGAGUUUCCGCAUCACAGGUGGGAGCCGAUGUACAUCGGUACACGCGAAGAUCCGCUUUAUACCGAGGAUAUGUCGUGGGAAGGGCGGCAGGACAAAAUGGCGCAGAUGCUGGAGAUGUGUCUUUUGAGUUACCGUCUCGUCGUUCUCGAUGGUGCCUUUCUCGUUCAUGCACCGGGAGUCAAGCGACGUCCGACGAGUAUCGACAGCCGCAGAGAGGCCUGGAGGCGUCCCUACGAAAGGAGGAACUCGAGGAUAUAUCAGAGCGUCGUUAGACGACUACAGAAACAAUAUCCGGCAAAUCCCAGGUGCCGCCAAUGAUGGAGACAAAAAUUACAUGUAAUAACGAACUGCAGUGUUACAUAAGAAUACUGUGUGGUGAUGCGAUGAUAUUGGGGGAUGUUAUAUUAUACAGUAGGAUGAAUAAUUACUGAUCGAAUAUUGCAUUGCGGUUAUAUUUAGCGCCUGAAAUAAUCAUUUUCAUUUAGAAUAUAGAUAAAUUAGAUGUAAUUUACCAUUGGUCGUUUCGAUUACGAGAGUUGUACAAAAAUAACAAAAAUUGGUUUGCAUGUUACAU